AUGUCCAACCAAUCACUUGCUGAAGCUGCGCCUAUCGAGUCACUGCCGCUAGCAGCCGAGUCCGUUGUCGCUCCUGGUGCACAUGUUGCCGCCACUAUGAGCUUGGCCCGUCGUCCAUUCUAUGCAAUUGCUCACCGUAUCCUUAAAGACUACGGUGUACGAUCCGCCCUUGCACACGGAGCCAAAGCGAUUGAGGUUGACAUGACCGCUUGGUCUAGUGGCUGGUGGGCGGACUAUGAUGGGCUGCCUACCAACGCUGGGGACACGCAGAGAAGAUGUUCCAGACCAUUUCAGAAGAGCGUUUUGUAUGGAUUCUACAAGUCUAUGAUCGGUAAACGAGCGUACCAUUCAAUUAGCAAGGGUUUGAAUGCCAAUGAGGCUCUCGACGUAGACGGUGAGGUUGCAAUGGUUGAAAAGGAGCUUCAUAAUUUGCGCAGAGGACAGCGUGUCUAUCCAAACGGUUUCUUCGGCCUUGCUAUGACUUUCGAGCCUCCCUUGGCCAGCCUGAAGGCUGCCUCCAAAAUCGGAGCUUUUGGAAAGGUAUUUGGAUGGACACUUGCGAAUCACAACGACAAGACAAAGGUCGCCCGGCUUGUGAAUGGCGCCAAAGUUGAUGGCCUUAUAUAUGACUUCAAACACACGCACUAUUAUGGCCACGCUGAUAAGAGGGGGGCUUUGAACGACAUUAUACGCACUAUCUGGGCGGGUAGCCGCUACCGCUUGGCGAACAUCAAUGAUGACCCUUGA